UCUCGCACAAAAGCUUCCAACAUGUCGACCUCCAGGCACGAAACCAAUCGCCGUUCAGUAGGUCACGAUGUCGAAAUGCGUAUCGAGCGUUUCAAGAACUAUACGAUCAUAGCUCUUAUCAACUUCACGACUUUUAUCGCCUUUGCCGGACCAUUGUGGAUUUGCAUUAGAGUCGUCCCGUCUACUACGUUUACACCGCCUACUGUGUCUACACCAUUUACUCUGCCGUUUACUCUGCCAUUUAAUUUCUCAUCUCUCAUGCCCUUCGCUUUGCGCUGGAUAUGUAUUAUCACUCUAUACCUCGGGUGCAUCCAGAAGAACUGGCUGUUCUUCAAUACUAUAGCGAUGGCAGGGACGCACUACAUACUAGAACUUGAAGGGAAUAAGCGACCACAGAAUCAGGACCUCGGAGUACGCACCAACGACUUCGAAGAUUGGAUUCUGGCGAACUUCUGCGUCAUCGCUGGUCUAUCAACCAUCGGGUUUGUGGUGCGAUACUGGUAUCAAGUCAUUGCGCUCACUCUCCAGUCAUUCUUCUACUGGACUUGCACAAUGAGUGGUCUCUGGCUACUAUUGUGUUUGCUGAAACGAGCUAUGAGUUACUACCGAAAGGUCAAAGGACUUAAACACGAAGGCGCAUGGGGUGUCCUUAUUAGUGUCAAUGUUCUACGGUUUUAUAAUCGAUUCGAGGGAUGUCACGCUGAUGGGGUCCCUGGACUACUUCUUGAUGCUGGUCGCGUUCCGUUUGAACUACUCAAGUUCCUGGUUAAUUCAAUCGGCUUUAAACUCGGCAGUGGGUCUUUGUUUGACCGACUACCAGGUGAUUGGAAGGCCGCAAGAAGAUCUUGUAGAUCAUGGAAAGAGGUCGCAGAUUUUUUCGCGGGUUUCGCUGGACUAGCGGGUGAAGAAGAAGAUAGAACGGAAGAGGAUACACGAGAUCCUAACAAUCAAGAAGAACCCUCUUUUCCUCCGUCGGCUUAUGAAUGGGAGCCAAAUCCUGUUAUCCAUGCCCAUCUACGAUCUGAGCAUCCCCAGUCAACAGAUUCUGAUUCUUUCGUGGUCGAGAGUACACCAUUGGAAAGCCGUCGCAUGGAUAUAGCUGGUGAAAGAGAAGAAUUCAGUUCGCAUACGGCUGACAAUUUCGACAACAAAGGCGCCACCAAGUUCAAUGAGAAGUCUUCUUUCGCAUCCAAACACACCGGUCCAACAACGAUGUCCCCUAAUCUAUCUUCGUUUCCAUGCCCGCAAUGUACCUACGUCGCCAAAAAACGGUUCGAACUUAGGCACAUCAAGGGAAAGCACAAUCACCGGUUCAGAUGUGUUCAUGACGGCUGCGGGAAGACAUCCGGCCUUCGGACGAACCUCGAGCGUCACGAAGCGACACACGAAGGAGGAGAAAGAUUUAAAUGUCCCAAUCCUUGGUGUAAGAAGCCUGGACAACUGUUCACGCGUGAAGAUAAUCUUAAGAGGCACAUGAAACGGUGUGUUGCUUCCGAUUGA